AUGGUGGUGAUUGAUCAGUAUAUGAUUGGUGGUUUCAUUGCUUCUUUGUUGGUUCUAUAUUGGGUUAUAUUGGGCUAUGUCUUUUCGAACAAUUUGAGGAGAAACAUAAAGAACAAAAGUUCGCAGGUUGUACGUAAGGAUGCCUGCAUUAACACCUCCACCAACGGUCGGUGCCAGCCUGAGGUUGAUGGAAGUACCGACAUCAUUAUUGUCGGUGCCGGUGUUGCUGGUGCCGCUCUGGCUUACACUCUUGGAAAGGAAGGGCGACAAGUCCAUGUGAUAGAAAGAGACUUGUCUGAGCCAGAUCGAAUUGUAGGUGAACUUUUACAACCAGGAGGCUAUUUGAAAUUAAUUGAGUUAGGUCUUGAAGAUUGUUUGAAUGACAUUGAUGCUCAACGAGUUUUUGGUUACGCCCUUUUCAAGGAUGGUAAAAAUACUAGGCUGUCUUACCCCCUCGAGAAAUUUCACUCAGAUGUUUCUGGACGAAGUUUUCAUAAUGGCCGUUUCAUACAAAGAAUGAGAGAAAAGGCUGCAACUCUUCCAAAUGUAAGAUUGGAACAAGGGACAGUAACAUCGCUGCUUGAAGAAAACGGAACUGUCAAAGGAGUACAAUAUAAGACUAAAAAUGGCCAAGAAAUGAUGGUGCAUGCUCCUCUCACCAUUGUGUGUGACGGCUGUUUUUCAAACUUAAGACGCUCUCUUUGUACUCCCAAGGUGGACAUCCCUUCAUGUUUUGUUGGUUUGAUCCUGGAAAACUGUGACCUCCCAAGUGCAAAUCAUGGACACGUUGUUCUGGCCGACCCUUCACCUAUCUUACUUUAUCAAAUCAGUAGUACAGAAGUUCGUUGCUUGGUCGAUGUCCCUGGACAAAAAGUGCCUUCCAUUGCUAAUGGAGAAAUGGCCAAUUAUUUGAAGACUGCGGUGGCUCCACAGAUUCCUCCUCAGCUGUAUGAUGCAUUCAUUGCAGCAAUUGACAAAGGAAACAUACGAACAAUGCCAAAUAGAAGCAUGCCGGCAAAUCCUCAGCCCACCCCCGGUGCCAUUCUACUGGGGGACGCAUUCAACAUGCGACACCCUUUAACUGGUGGAGGAAUGACUGUAGCUCUUUCAGAUAUCGUUGUCCUCCGAGAUCUUCUUAGACCUAUACAUGACCUAAAUGAUGCAUCUAAACUUUGCGAGUAUCUUGAAUCUUUCUACACCAUUAGAAAGCCUGUGGCAUCUACGAUAAAUACAUUGGCAGGGGCACUUUAUAAGGUUUUUUGUGCAUCACCUGAUCAAGCAAGGAAGGAAAUGCGUCAAGCAUGUUUUGAUUACUUGAGCCUUGGAGGGGUUUUCUCUAAUGGUCCCGUGGCUUUACUUUCUGGCCUGAAUCCUCGCCCUCUGAGCCUCGUAUGCCACUUUUUUGCCGUGGCUGUCUAUGGUGUUGGCCGCUUAUUACUCCCAUUUCCUUCACCCCGAAGAGUGUGGUUAGGGGCUAGACUGCUUUCUGGUGCAUCCGGAAUUAUUUUCCCUAUAAUAAGGGCAGAGGAAUCCCAAUUCUUUUUUUCACUACAGCAAAAAUCUCAGGCUCUUGAAGAGUUUCUACUGUCAAUUGUUGUUGAUGAGGAAGUUCAGAACUCCCCGGGGGUUGAGCUACUUGUAUUUGGAGAACCCUAUUAUGUAGCAGCUUAA